UCUCCAGUUUCUCCGGUCUUAUCAGUAACUCCACAAAUGCCUACUCUAUCAAUGAAUAGUCACGAUAGCACUGACUAUGUAAAUCUAGAGCAGACGCAAAGUGCUAUUAUUGCAAAUGCAAUGGAGCUACACUCCUCUCCCGAAGUUAAUUCUAAUAAUAUCUCUGUCUCUGAACGGAUAGUCUCACACAUUUCUGGACAGAAAAAUAACCAAUCAAAAUCUCAGAAUGCAUCUUCUGGCUUGCUCCAAAUUUCCAUCUCACAGAGUAAAGAUGACCUUGCGUCCGAAUUGGAUCAAUCAGAGAUAAAGUCUCCUUGUCCUGACCCUCAAUCGUCUACUAAUCAAGUACAGGCACAAAGUGGAAUUUCUCCUGAACUAAGUAUCACCCCCCCUAAAAUAGCGGAAGCUAGUACAUUGGUGCUAAAAAUUCCCUAUAAUCAGAAAGUAGAACGGGGAUUAAGACGUGAAAUAUCUGUUUGUGACCAAGACAAUAGUAAUGAAAUUAAUACACCUUGUGCACAGAUCGGACAAAGUUCGUGUAUUCCGAACAUUGCAUCUGAUAAUACAUUUGACGUACAAAUUCCUGAAUUUUUUUUAGAGACGAUUUUAACAGGAUCUGAUAAAGUUACGGCUCAAAAUAUAGUUGACCUAUUUAAUAUAGCGAUGAAAAUUAGACAAAAAGAGAUUUUAUACUGGCAUUGUUACUAUAAAGCAUAUGAGGAUAGAAUUAGGAAUAUCAGGUCUAUAAAUAAAAUUAAUGACAAAUCUGCGAGGAUGUUGGUAUAUAAUGAAAUUAAAUCACUUCUGCCUGAUAUUACUGAUACUAAUACAGAGGUAAGUAUGCCUUCCACAUCUCGACCUGAAAAGGUUAUAUUGGAAACUGUAGGAAGUGUAUUAGCGAAAAAUAUAUCUCCAGAAACUAAGAUCCCAUUCACGCCUCAGAUAA